AUGUGGGUGCGGGUGUGCGCGCGCUUGUUCGGGGUUAACAACGACAUCAACAUCGAGGCGUCGAAGGAGCUCGACAUCUACACCUCCUUCGACCAGAUGGGCCUCCAUGACGCCCUCCUCCGCGGUGUCUACGGUGUCGGUUUUGAGAACCCCUCCGCCAUUCAGCAGCGCGCCAUCGUCCCGAUCAUCCGCGGCUCCGAUGUCAUUGCCCAGGCCCAGUCCGGUACCGGUAAGACCGCCACCUUCACCAUCUCGGUCCUGCAGCGCAUCGACCUGAGCCAGCGCCACUGCCAGGCCCUCAUCCUGGCUCCCACCCGUGAGCUGGCCACCCAGAUCUUCAACUUCAUGAACAGCGCCUUCCGCAGCGGUGUGCAGAUCGUUGUCGGUACCCCGGGCCGUGUGUGCGACAUGGCUCACCGUGGCAUCCUGGAUCUCUCCCGCCUGGCCAUCUUCGUCCUGGAUGAGGCUGAUGAGAUGCUUUCCCGCGGCUUCCAGAACCAGAUCCGCGAGAUCUUCCAGCUCUUCCCCAAGGACUCGCAGGUGGUUCUCCUGUCGGCCACCAUGCCGCAGGAGGUCCUCGAGCUGACCGACUCCUUCAUGGAGGACCCCACCCGGAUCCUGGUCCGCGCUGAGGAGCUCACCCUCGAGGGUAUUCGCCAGUUCUACAUCGGCGCCAACACCCACGCCCAGAAGCUGGAGAUCCUGCGCGAUCUCUACGAGACCCUGAUCAUCACUCAGUCCGUCAUUUUCUGCAACUCCCGCCGCACCGUCGACCACCUGACCUCCUUCCUGGAGGGCAACAACUUCCCGGUUGCCUCUCUGCACGGUGAGCUGUCGCAGGAGAACCGCGAGAGCGUCAUGCUGAACUUCCGCAACGGUGACUCUCGUGUCCUGGUCACCACCGAUCUGCUGGCCCGUGGUAUCGACGUCCAGCAGGUGUCCCUGGUCAUCAACUUCGACAUCCCUCGCAACUUCGAGAACUACAUCCAUCGCAUCGGUCGUGGUGGUCGUUUCGGUCGUAAGGGUAUCUCCAUCAACAUCUGCUCCGACGAUGAGCUCGUCCUCAUCGACCAGAUCCGCAAGCUGUACGACACCACCAUCGACCCCCUGCCCGAGAACUACAGCCAGUACAUCUCCGGUUAA